AUGUCUGGAGGAGUGAGGACGCGAGCGCAGAAAAGACGGAUGGGGGAGAGAGAUGUGUGGGAUUUGAUCGUGAAUAACGACGAUAUUUGUUUCAAACACAUUCUUCCGAGAUUGAAUGGGACCGAUCUUAAAUUCUUGUACGAGGUGAAUAGUGAAACGAGAAAGUUGAUUAAGAGAUCAUCUCGCAAGGGGGAGUUGAAAGAGAAGUUUAAAGUGAACGAGAUGUCGUCGAUAUCGACUUUGGAGUUUGCGUGGGAGAAUAAAUCGUUGUGGUGGCUGGGAUGGGACGAAACAUAUUUCUGCUAUCGAGUUGCUCUAACGAAUAAACUCGAGUUGCUCAAGUGGGCGCGAGAGGAGAAAAAGUGUAAUUGGGAUGGAUGGACGAUUAAUACGGCCGCACGUCAAGGUAAUUUGGAAAUGGUAAAGUAUUGCGUUGCAAAUGAGUGUCCUGUCAAUGAUUAUGCGUGUGCAUGUGCUGCCCGAUACGGUCAUCUCGAGUGCCUCAAAUACUUACACGAAGAAGCGAAAGUGCCUUGGGAUGAGUAUACUGCCGGUUGGGCGGCUGGAAAGGGUCAGCUCCACAUACUCGAAUACCUUGUUGAGCGUAAGUAUGAUAAAUUUGACGCACAUGCGUGUUGGUAUGCAGCCAAGAACGGCCACUUGGACUGUUUGAAGUACUUGCACGAAACCGCCAAAGCGCCGUGGAACAGUGGCGCCGUACGAGACGCUCACGAGAACAACCACCCAGACUGUUUACAAUACCUCCUCGACAACGACUGUCCUCUCCCAACCGGUUGGUCUCACGAAGGAGGAACUUUACACGCCUCAUAA